GUUUUGGUUUUAAGGUUAAACUGUCAUAAACGUCAAAAAGAAAAUGAACGUUUCUAUUUCAGUAUCUAGACGAUUCCAAUGAAAAUAUAUAAAUUUAGUUAGUUGACAAUUAUUUGUGUUGAAUUUUUUAUAAAGAAUUAGAACUAUUUCAACGCUGUAGUGGUAAAUACGAUUUAAUUUAACGUCUUUUGUCGCGAUACUAUGGUAAAAAUGGAGAAUUGCUGUUUACCAGAAAACAGUUAUAGAGAUUUAUGGCAAAAAAUAGGAAGAUGCCAUUUGAGUUUUCUUGAAUUAGAGGAAAGCAAUGAAAAAAUUUAUCAAAGAAACAAAUUAGAAGAAUACAUUCACGAUUUUUUGUGUAUUUCUGAGCAUUACAAUAAAUUCAGUUUUCACGAAACUAGUGAGGUAUUUGAGCUAUCGGCAGCUUAUAAAAAAGAUUAUAAAGCAGCAAUGGGUUUUAACGCUAUACAAAUGUACGCUGGUAAUUUAUUAGCACAACCAUGGAGAAAAGAGUAUCGGCAAUUGAAAACUUAUUCCGGUUUUUAUAAACAUCAAGUAGAAGCUAAUUUGGUUGGUGCAGAAAAAAUGUUUGAAGCUAUGGGUUACAAAUCUUGCGGGGAAGGUUUAUUAAUCCUCGACGCUCCUGUUUGUCCUGAUAGAGUAUCUGCUAUAUCAAUGGAUUGUAUAAUAGCUUAUGUAGAAUGUCAGAUAUCAAAAGCGAUAUGGGACGAAGUGUGUAGAACAUUUAAAAUAUCGUGGUUAGAAGUUUUAGAAUUUCGAAAAAAUCAUAUUUGUAGCCCAGAACAAUGCGCUAACGCACUAAAAUGUAGACAUCAUCAACGACAGUAUCAAGAACACAACGUUUAUCAAUCGGUUCGAUGUCAAAGUAUUCCAGCACCUUUAGUUUCUCCAAUGGUCCCCACGAAUCAUUCUUUCCCCCCAGUUAGUACACAUCAUCACGUAGGACUUCCUCUACAACAAGAUUAUAUGGUAAACGGGGGUUAUCCUAUAUACACAGUUCCAUAUAAUUGUAUUAAUAACGAUUAUUUAUACAACGUCCCCGUUCCUGUAAAUAACGUUUAUUCAGGAGAUGUAGCGUUAAUACCAGUUGAAUCGAACUCGAAUUCUUCAUAUGAUGUAGUGGAUACCAGAACUAGAACCGCUAAGAAAUUAGUUGAAACCGAAUACGAAACAACAACCGAACAAAAAGAUUCCCGGUUGGAGGAAUGGGAUUACGUAUACAAGAAUCUCGAAAGCCAAGGUUAUAAUAAAGAUUUAGGAGAACGAGGGGAUUUAUUGAGUCCAGUUAUUAGUAAACAACAAAAGGAAAUUAAAAAAGUGAAGCAGACUAAUCUCGAUGAGGUUGUUAAUAAUUUGAGCAUCUACGAUAGACCUUUGAGGGUGAGCGAUGUACCGAAGAAAUGUCAGAAGGUUAACGAGGCCGCGAAGCUUCCCCCCAAAGAAAAACCGGUCGAAAAGAAACCGAAAGAUGAGAAAAGUAUGAAGAAGAAGAUUAUAUCGAAAGUUGUAGCCGAAGUAAAAGAAAAAUGGACUUGUAAAGCUUGUACUUUCUUGAAUGAAUCGGCGAAAUGUAUUUGCGAAAUGUGCGGGAAAAGUAAAAACGUUAAGGACGAAACUCCAAUCGAAGUCGGAGGAGCUGAAUGCAGUAAAUGUACUUUAGUUAAUUCGAAGAAUAUGCAACAGUGCGAGGCUUGCGGAACUAAUUUGGAGGGAUCGCCGACUUAUAUAUGAAAAAUUCGUUUUUUUUUUCAAAAAAUUUGAGAUUCAUUUUUUGAGUAUUUCAACUGCUUUCGAUUUGAUUAUGCGUAUUUAGUGUGAUUCGGAAAAUUAGACGAUUCUAUUUAUACUUAUUUGAUCCCAUUUGACGAAAAAGUGUGUAUUCAAGGGUGUUUGUUAGUUUUUGUAGGGUAAAAAUGUUUAACCGUGCAAAUAACACCCUUGUUAGCAAAGAAAAACGUCUUAACCUCACUUUGACGAUUCUUUUCCAGUUUCGGUUGAUCUGAUUUUAGCUUCAAUUUUUUCGAAAAAAAAAAAUUAUUUUCCAAAUUACGUACAUUCAAGUCACUUAUUAUGACGUGGAAUAUUGAAAAAUUGGGUUUUUACAUUUAAAUAUUUUUUAAACUGAAUGUUUUGUUGACGAUAUUUUCAUAAUAAUACAGUUUCUCCUUUGGCUUUUUAAAUUAACAAUAUUAGAAGAAAUUUUAAACUUUAAAGUAGGUGGAAUGAAAUUUGCUUUAUUUUUGAAAAUUGUUUCAUAUAUAAACGUAACAAAAAAAUCUAUGACUAUUUUUUUUAAUUAUACAACACUAUAUUUCACAUUUUCUCAUUAUUACUGUUGCCGAUACAGUUACUUUUCACAUUAUUUAUUUUCAAAAUAAAUUUUACAACUUAA